AUGAAUUCAUUGAUUGUAUUGUCGACUAAACGAUACCUCCUUUUGCCGAAGGAAUGCAAAAAAGAUUUGUUAUCUUUGACCACAAAAGUCGAUGGACUCAUAGCCGUCAUCAUCACCGACAAGGAAGGAGUUCCACUCAUUAAGGUGGUGAACGAUAGCCACGACCCCAACCUCGUGGGUCGGCCCACAUUCGUGUCGUCCAACUUCACGACAGUGGUGAACGAUAGCCACGACCCCAACCUCGUGGGUCGGCCCACAUUCGUGUCGUCCAACUUCACGACAGGUGUGGAACAGGCGUCCAAACUGGGCAUCGGGUUGUGCACCACUAUCGUCACCCAUUACCACAACUACCAGAUCGUGCACUUCAACAAAGACAAGCUCAUUGUGGCCCUCAUUGCCAACACUCACGCAAACACCGGACAACUGCUGGCCCUCGAGAACGAGUUCGACAUCAUUUGCAACGAAUUGAGACAAUGUGUCGAUAAUAACUGAUACCAAUCCGUGGCAAACCCUUCCCAACACUGAUGUCUCUAUUAAUUGUCUAUUUAUUCGCUUUCCAGUCAAACGUAUCAAUCAUUUCUCAAAUUAUUUAAACUAUUCCGAAGACACUGAAGAAUAUAUGAGACAAAUGAAUGUCGGAUUCAGUCGGAGAUAGUUUGCAGACACAAACUCAUCUCAAAUUCAUAUAUAUAUUUGUUUUUAUCUCCAAUUUUACGAAUAAUGCCAUCAAUUGAUUGUUUUAAACAGAUGUUCACCGCAUGAGAGGAGUCUUUGCAUGCCAUCAAUGAUAUGAUUAUUCUUCUUGAGUCUCGAAUUGUUUAUAUUUCAUCGAUUGCUGACAACUAAUCACUAC